CCGAGUGCUGGAUCCAUUAGUGUGUGGGUGGUCCCGUCACGCCCCACGUGCCGCUGGUUUCCUCGCGCAGCCUCACUCAGUAACGAGGCCGGCAGACAGGUGUGUGAAGCCAAGCAGCUCAGGGCAACACGGACACACAAACACCAUGUUACCCCAGCCUAGAGGAGGAGGAGGAGCCCCUUCAAGGUGUUUGUAAGCGCCGCAGGCGGACAGGGAGUGAGAAAUGCGGGCGUACAACGUGAAGGCACCAAGCUGCUGUGUUUGUUUUCACUGUCAACAACAACAACAAGAGUCCUGCUACAGCUCCGCUCACGGCUGGUGUCGGUUCAUUUAACGGCGCUGCACGGAAGAAAUCACUGGGACUAUGUGAGCAUCAUGCUCGCGGUGAGAUGCCUGCUGUUCGCUACAGUGUACGCACGGUACGCCGAGACAGCUCUGAGAGAAUGGGGGAGUCCGGAGGGAAGGCUGCCGCCCGCGGAGGAGGUCGUUCAGCCCAAGCGACUCCUGCAGCAGAUCCACACUGAGGAAGAGCUCCUGCACAGCCGACUGGACACCCGGGUCAAGAACCACCCAGCCGGUGAGCAGCCCAUCCAUUUGGCCCAGAGCAGCUUCUUGGUAAAAGCCUUUGGUACAGCCUUCAUACUCGACCUGGAGCUCAACCACAAUCUGCUGUCUACAGACUAUGUCGAGCGUCACUUUGAGGAAGAUGGCCAGCUGUCACAGAAUAUGGGAGGGGAGCACUGCUUCUACCACGGGCGAAUACGAGGAGUGCCGGGGUCCUGGGCUGCUUUGUCAACCUGCCACGGCCUGCAGGGGAUGUUUUCUGACGGGAACUUCUCUUACGGGAUCGAACCUCUUGGCACUGGAGCGGAGAACAAUGACCACGUUGUGUUUCGAAUGCCUAACACUGACCUUUUUCCACCUCCCUGUCCAGGAUGCUCCAUGAACAGCACAGAGGCUAAGAUGCAGUCACGCAGGCAAAGCGAAGAGGAUGGCGAGCUAAGCGAUGAAGUCAACUGGUCUACCGAAGAAAAGCCGAUACUCACAGAAGGUCUUCGACGCUCAAGAAGACAAGUGAGGCGAGGCCAACGCACCGUCCAGACUGAGACCAAGUACAUCGAGCUGAUGGUGGUCAACGAUUAUGAACUGUUUGUGCAGUUACGCCGGUCGACCACGCAGACGAAGAUUUUUUCUAAAUCGGUGGUGAACAUGGCAGAUUUGAUCUACAAGGAGCAGCUCAACACUCGCAUCGUCCUGGUAGCCAUGGAAACCUGGUCGUCUGAAAACAGGGUCGCUGUCGGCGAUGACCCGUUGCUCACCCUGCGUGACUUCAUGAAGUACAGGAAGGAGAGCAUCAAGGAGCGCGUUGAUGCUGUGCAUCUCUUCUCUGGGAGGACGUUCAUGAGCAGCCGCAGCGAGGCAGCCUACAUUGGGGGCAUCUGCUCGUUGACUCGGGGUGGAGGGAUCAAUGAGUUUGGCAGUGUGGGUCCUAUGGCCAUCACAUUGUCUCAGAGUCUUGGUCAGAACAUCGGCAUGCUAAGGAACAAAGAGCGAACAGCUGCUGGUGACUGCAGGUGUCCAGAUCCGUGGCUGGGCUGUAUCAUGGAGGAUACAGGCUACUACCUGCCAAGGAAGUUCUCUCGCUGUAGUAUAGAUGAGUAUCUGCGUUUCCUCCAGCAGGGUGGAGGCAGCUGCCUCUUCAACAAGCCCACAAAGCUCCUAGACCCAUCAGAGUGUGGCAAUGGGUAUGUAGAGCUUGGAGAGGAAUGCGACUGUGGAUCACUGGUGGAGUGCACCCUGAGUGGAGCCAACUGCUGCAAAAAGUGCACUCUUACCCAUAAUGCCAUGUGCAGCAAUGGGCUCUGCUGCAGGGAUUGUAAGUAUGAGCUGAGAGGGGUGACGUGCCGCAGUGCUGUGAAUGACUGUGACAUUCCUGAGACCUGCACGGGAGACUCGAGCCAGUGUCCCCAUAAUGUCCACAAACUGGAUGGCUACACGUGUGAAGAUGGCCAAGGUCGCUGUUAUGGAGGUCGCUGCAAGACCAGAGAUAGCCAGUGCAAGACUCUGUGGGGCUUCAACUCAGCUGACAGAUUUUGCUAUGAAAAGCUGAACUCUGAGGGCACAGAGAGAGGAAACUGUGGUCCACACUCCAGUGGCCAGGGAUGGGUGCCGUGCAAUAAACAGGAUGUUCUGUGUGGUUUGCUGCUUUGCACCAAUCUGACAGACAGACCGAGAUUUGGCGAGCUGCAGGGAAAGGUCACCAGCCUGACCAUCCACCAUCAGAGCAGAUACCUGGACUGCAGGGGUGGUCACGCAGUGCUGGAUGAUGGCUUGGAUCUGGGCUAUGUGGAAGAUGGGACACCAUGUGGGCCGAACAUGAUGUGUUUGGAGCGUCGCUGCCUCCCCGUUACCACCUUCAACCUCAGCACCUGCCCUGGAUCCUCAUCCUUGCGUAUCUGCUCCCACCACGGGACGUGCAGUAACGAGGUGAAGUGUAUCUGUGAUCCAGACUACACCGGGAAGGACUGCAGUGUGUUUGACCCGAUCCCAACCCCCACCUCGCCAGAUGGCCCAGAGAAGUACAAAGAAAUAUCCGGAAAGGAAGAUCUAAGGGAGUUUGAGUCAUAUCUCUCUGCUGUCCUAUCUUCCUUACACUGUGUGCAGUCCACUCUGAGGAGACAAAACAAAGAUGUCUUCCAUUACUGGCCCUCAGAUUUUUCCUGUUUCUUAUGUUGGUACUCAAGCCACCUGGAAAAAUAAAUCAGGAGUAUGGAAGCUCUGAGGGCACUCCUACAGACCAUAAAGUCUGGCUGUAGCUGUCUGAGUCACUUUUGCUGCCGUCACCUCCUCCUGUUUCAUUUUGCCACAUCUUUGUUUCUUUUUGUCUGGGACACACACAGAAGCUUUUUUUUUUUUCUUUUUUUUUUUCGCUUCGACAGGUCACAGCAGGUCUUCUGCUGUACUGACUGUUAAAAAGCUUCACCCCUUUAAAUGAUUUCACAGAAGGUAGGCCAUGCACCUCGCUCAGUCUUGACUUGUUUAAUGAAGCCUUGUAUUAGAGAACAGUUACAUAUUUAACCUCGUGGAGAGCACAACCACCUCCUCUCAGAAGUGUGACUUUAGCUGUAAUAGAAGUGUAAAAAUAUCAGGCUGCUGACAUCUUGUCUGUCUAGAUGAGGGUUUUGUUUUGUAGACCUUUACAUUCCAGAGUAAUAGCCAUAAUUUCUCCCCUUAUGCUUCCUUUCCUAAUCCUAAAUCAAUGCUUCUACAUAAUAAUUGCUAAUGUAUGAACGUGUAGUUCCAACCUGCGAGGGAUGGUGUUGGAUGGCCAGCUGCACAUGUAUGCACCCAAUGUUUCAUCCCGCUGUAUGAUCCUGUAAUCCGCAUACAAACUAUACUGUAUGCAUACAUGUAUGCUGAACAUGGGUGCUGUUUAUAUAUAAUGUACUGACCCUUUAGACAGCAGUGACUCACUGCCGCUCUGACUGGAAGCACAAGCCUGAAGAGAGAACAGUCUUACCGCCUGAAACUGCUUGUUUUGGAUGAUUUAAUCAGCGAGAAGAGAUGUAAAUCUUUGCAUCUUAGGGGAAAUCUCAGCUUCUCUGAAUGCUCAGAAAUGUCACUGGCUCUCACUCAGGCUACGGCCGUGUGUUUUAUACAUGCCAGUAUUAGACUUUCAUACUGAAAAGUGAUAACGAGACAACACAGAUCUCCCUCAAGUCCAGAAAUGUACAUGAAUUAUUAAUUUGGCUUCUGAAGGUUAGCUGAUUAUGCUUUGUCUCUAAAUGGUUACAGGUUAUAUACUUCUGACUGAACAGAUCCACAUAAUGAGCAGUAUAUAAGUGCAUUAAAAAAUUGAGUAUCAGAGCGUGUCGAUCAGGUUAAGAGGCUUAUACUCCUGUGAUUGUCACACAAAGCUGUAUUUUAUCAUUAAUAGCAUUAAGAGUCGUUGGCACAGGUGCCAGAAGAAAUUAUCCGAGUUACACUGCCAGCCAACCUACAGGAGCGUUAAAGGAGUGUUGAUACGUUGAGUUGAAGUCCAUCACACAAGGGGUUCCUGCCUCCUGAAAAUAACUUUAAUAAAUUGUUUUUGUAGACAAGAAAAAGACUUUUAACAGUAUAUAACGUCACACGUGCUCAAUAUUUGUCACCACAGGCUUCAUUUAAAGGGUUAACAUAUCUGUUAAAAUUACAGUUGGACUCUUUCACCCAUAAACGCUGUAGAAACAUGAAAAAAUCUCUAGGACAUGUCUGUCCUUGAGUGUGCUGGAAGCUCAGGUCACACCAUGUUUACUGUAGCUGUGAUCGCAUACUGUAGUUUGACUUAUUAAAAGGACUUUGGCACUACUCACUAUUAAAAGCCAACAUUGUCUAGUUUUAGGUAACCUGGCUCUCAGUGUAAAUACUCAUAUUACUGUAUAUUAAAACCCAUAAUAAAACCUACCUGAACUCGAGUGACUCUGUGAUCCACUGCAUGAGUGUCUGCUGCUAUGAAUCCAGAUAUAAUUAAACUUUUGUUGCUGAUUGUUUGUGUUACAUUAGAUGAAGUUUACAGCUAAACAAUUUUAAUACAAUGUUACCGACUUGCUUAAUAUACUGUAUUAAACUGUACUGAAUCUGGCUUGAAAGUAUUUGAUAAUUUGUAAAUAUUUGGUUGACCAUCUGUGCAACGCUGACUAACUUGCUACUUCAGUUUCAUGUUCAUAAUUCAUAAUGACCCGGUUUGUUGUGACAGCUACAAUAUUACUAGUUUUAAAGUCUAAUUACACUGAUCAGCCACUUUAUUAGGUACUGCUAGCACAGGGUUGGGUCUCUUUUUACCUUCAGGACUGCUUAUGCUUAAUUCUUUGUGGCAUAGAUUCAACAAGGUGCAGGAAACAUUUAUCACAGAGUUUGGUCUAUCAACAUAUUGUCACACAGUUGCUGCACAUCUA